GUCGGUAGAUCUCAAGCGAUUCUCACAGCAGCGUAAUUUUCACGCUACGUGUCCCUGCAUCCGCAUCCGAAACGAAACUUGAUCAAGAACCUGCAGAGUUGUUUUAAUUGCAGCCAUUCUAAAGGGUAAAAAAUGAAGUAUACCAUGAUUUGCAUUAGUUUGGUGUUGGCAGCUGUGAUUUGGACCUCACAUUGUGAUGAUGAUGAUGACAAGAAACCAAAGAAACUACAGAUAGGGAUCCAAAAACGAGCAGAAAGCUGUCCUAUGAAAUCCCGUAAGGGAGAUACACUUCAUAUGCAAUAUAAAGGUACCUUGCACGAGACUGGAGAGGAAUUUGACAGCAGUUAUAGCAGGAACCAACCUUUUAUAUUCACCCUUGGAACUGGUCAGGUUAUCAAGGGUUGGGAUCAAGGACUUUUAGGAAUGUGUGAAGGUGAGAAAAGAAAGCUUGUUGUACCAGCAGAUAUGGGCUAUGGUGCUAGAGGUGCUCUACCAAAGAUCCCAGCCAAUGCAGCACUUGUGUUCGAAGUGGUUUUGGAUAAGAUUGUGAGACAUGGAGAUUUGUAACAUCUAGUUAUUAUUAGGCCUAGUUUUGUAACUCUUUAACUAUCACAGUGCAUUGUCUUAUUUUGUCUUUUCACAUUUUUUGUCAUAUAUUUUGUCAUGUCUUUUUUCUAGAUGCAUAAAUAUGUCCUUCAGAUUUUUUUUAUCUGGCACAAAUUAAACUUCAGACACCAUCCAUUCAGUUCAUUAAAACAUUUUUUUCUAUACCAUUAUAUACCUUAAUUUCUAAUUUGUCAUGUUAUUACGUAAAAGUUUUUCUUUUAUUAUGAAAAUAAUUUGCAAUAUAUUAUAUUUUCAUGCUCAUUAUCAAACUAAGUAUUGUUUUGUGAACAAAUAUGUGCUUAACACUUUACAUAAUUAUGUUAAGCAUUACUUUAUAUAUGUUAUGAUAAACUUACAUUGUAUCAUGUUUUUCAAUUUGUAUAUAACUCUCAGAUUUGUUUACAUAGGGAUGUAAUUUACUGUUAGGUAUUAUAGAAUAAAUGUAUGCUAGUCAGUGGGAUUGUGAAAUCCAUAACAUUGAACUUCAUUACCAUUUGAAAUUAUCAACAAAGUUUUCAUUUUUUAUUCAGAAAUUCAUUUAUUUCACUGAAUGUUUUGCUGUACUAGAUUGUAUGUGUCUUGGUUAAAAUAUGGGAUGUGAAAUUGUAGUCUAACAGGAGAUAUCAUUCUUUAUACAACACCAUCUAUAUAAAUUAUAAUGCUAAAAUCUUCUUGCCAAUAAAUAACAAAUUUCGAUAUUUCAAAAAAAGACAAUUAACCUGUAGGAAUGUCAGUUAAACAUGGAAUAAAAUGAAGAUAUCUUUAUGUAAAUAAUUUUAUCUCAGUCAUUCUUUUAAAACAUGAAAAUGAAAUGAAAGUUUAGUUAUGAAGACAAUUGGUCAAAAAAUCAGUAUUAAUGUCUGAAGUAGGGAUGUCUUGUAAGAACAAAGAAAUCAAAGGAUUGAGCCCUGAAAAUGCUAUGUCAAAUUCAGUUUGUUCAAGUUUUACAACAAAUGACACACAGCGCACAUCAUGUAGCAAAUAAUGGCCCUUUAGCCCUUAUAGCAAGGCUAUUUAGUUUCCUAAGUUUUUGUUUUAGUAUGUAACAUGUGACAUAGAAUUAUAUUUUUAGAUCAUUCACAUCUCUAACAUGAAACACCAGCUCACGCUUUUUCUGUAUUCAGAGUAAAAUAUACUAUACUUCAAUUCUUGGUAUUCUUACAUAUUUGAUAGGAAUUUAAUUAACAAUUUUGUUCUUUAAAAGAUAUGAUUUCAAGUCAUUUGGUGUUUUAAUGCAGUGUUGAAAUGAAUGGUAACUUGCUUAUUUUGUUUCAUCGAUUCAUUUUUUAUGCAAAUCUGAUGAUGAAUAUUACUUCAUGUAUAUUGUUUUCUCUUUUUACUAUUUCAAAAUGCACCUUGGGGUGGGCUUUCUUUCUCAAUGAUUUUUUAAAACAUUUUUUACUGAGUGAUUGGUAAUUAAAGAAUGUAAGUUUGUAAAAUAUGUUUGCUGUUUACAUGUAGAUUAGAGUGUACUUGGUAUGGAAAUUUCUAUUUUUGUUACCAAAUACCUCCUCAAACAUGAUGUUUAUGUUGUAAUAUUGUUGGUCCAUGCUCUUGACACAAUGGUUGUUUUUAUACAUUGAAUAUUAUAUGGAAUAUGAAAUUUACAUGAAUUUAUAAUAAAGCUACCUUGUAAAAGUGUACAACAGAAUAUAAAACUUUUAUACUGUUUAUGGUAGUCAGUUAAUUUACAGAAAUACUAAUUUUCUUUGUCUUGGUAGAAGUAUGUUUUCAGUUUUUGGAAUAUUUUGUAAAAAAUUUACACAGAGGAUAUACAGUACAUGUACAGCGAUAAUUAUGAAAAGAUUAUAAACUAUAACAACUUUGUGAAUAAAUGUUCAAGUAAAAAUUAG